GUAAUAAUAACACCAACCCAAUUAAUUAGCGCUCACUCUUCUUCCCUAAUACGAGUAACCAAACCCUCCAAACCGAUUCCUCUCCCCUUCCCCUUUCCUUUCCCGUUGCGGUGCGCUGCUCUUCCCCUCCUCCAAUCCCUCCCUCACCCGAAGCAGAGGAAGGAGAAUCGCCAUGGCGGCGGGAAAAGGAAGUCCGCUGCCAAAAUUUGGAGAAUGGGAUGUGAAUGACCCCGCCUCAGCUGAGGGAUUCACUGUAAUCUUCAACAAAGCCAGAGAUGAGAAGAAGACUGGUGGCAACUCACAGGGACAAGAUGUGCCCACAAAAACUUCACAGCUAUCUGGGGAAGGGUUGUAUGCAGCAAAGGGGAACAGUUCUCAGAAGAAAUGGUUCUGCUGCUUGCAAUCAACUGAUGCUGAAUCUUGAUGCUGAAUCUUGAAGGUCAUGAGCUGAAAUCGAUUGUGGAACUGAAAUAUGGCGACCUUGUUAAACUCAGAAAAGAUUCCCCUAUUUCCAUGGGAACUUCUUUCUGAAAAUUUUCAGUUAUGUAGUGAAGAUGUUGUGGGGAAAUGAGUAAUGUUUAAUGGUCUGGUGUGUACAUUAUUUACAUCCUAUAUGUGGGAUGAACAUUGGUGGUGUAUAUGAGAUGCAUAAAGUUGUGUUUGGUCAAAUCGACUCAAUCUUGAAAGUA